CCUCGGCGCGGCGCUGCCGGAGGCUCCGGGGUCGCGGCGGCGAGACGCGGCGCGUGCUCCUCUUUGGAGACCGCGGGGCCACCCGUGCAGAAGGCGCCCUCCGUGUCCCCUCAAAGGCGGAGGGCGGGCGAGCGGGGAUCGCGAACCCCGGGUGGACCCCGCCUGUUUGUCUCCCGGUUAGAAAUCGGCCUUAGACAAGAUGGAAGGGGAGAGGCGGCCGGCACCCUACGAAGGCCUGUUUGCCGACGGGCACCUGAUCCUGUGGACGCUGUGCUCGGUGCUGCUGCCCGUGUUCAUCACCUUCUGGUGCAGCCUCCAGCGGUCCCGCCGCCAGCUGCACCGCAGGGACAUCUUCCGCAAGAGCAAGCACGGGUGGCGCGACACGGACCUGUUCAGCCAGCCCACCUACUGCUGCGUGUGCACGCAGCACAUUCUGCUGGGCGCCUUCUGCGACUGCUGCGGGCUGCGCGUGGACGAGGGCUGCCUCAAGAAGGCCGACAAGCGCUUCCCGUGCAAGGAGAUCAUGCUCAAGAGUGACGGCAGGGCCCUGGACGCCAUGCCCCACCACUGGAUCCGGGGCAACGUGCCCCUGUGCAGCUCCUGCGUCGUCUGCAGGCAGCAGUGCGGCAGCCAGCCCAAGCUCUGCGAUUACAGAUGCAUUUGGUGUCAGAAAACAGUACAUGAUGAGUGCAUGAAAAACAGCUUGAAGAAUGAAAAGUGUGAUUUUGGAGAAUUCCGAAAUCUCAUCAUUCCGCCAAGUUACUUGACCUCUAUUAAUCAGAUGCGUAAGGACAAAAAGACAGAUUAUGCAGUGCUAGCCUCUAAGCUUGGAAGGCAGUGGAGCCCAUUAAUAAUCCUGGCCAACUCUCGAAGCGGAACGAACAUGGGAGAAGGGCUGCUGGGGGAGUUUAGGAUCCUCCUAAACCCAGUCCAGGUUUUUGAUGUCACUAAAACCCCCCCUGUCAAAGCGCUGCAGCUUUGCACUCUCCUUCCCUGUCACUCGGCCCGGGUGCUUGUCUGUGGAGGGGACGGCACUGUGGGCUGGGUCCUGGAUGCGGUCGACGAGAUGAAGAUUAAGGGACAAGAAAAGUAUAUCCCGCAAGUCGCAGUCCUGCCUCUGGGAACGGGCAACGACCUGUCCAACACGUUGGGCUGGGGCGCCGGGUACGCGGGCGAGAUCCCAGUCGCGCAGGUCUUAAGAAAUGUGAUGGAAGCAGAUGGAAUCAAACUGGAUAGGUGGAAAGUUCAAGUAACAAAUAAAGGAUACUACAACUUAAGAAAACCCAAGGAAUUCACGAUGAACAACUAUUUUUCUGUUGGACCUGAUGCUCUCAUGGCUCUCAAUUUUCAUGCUCAUCGCGAGAAGGCACCAUCUCUGUUUUCUAGCAGAAUUCUUAAUAAGGCUGUUUACUUGUUCUAUGGAACCAAAGACUGUUUGGUGCAAGAAUGCAAAGAUUUAAAUAAAAAAGUUGAGCUAGAACUGGACGGUGAGCGCGUAGAACUGCCCAGUUUGGAAGGUAUUAUAGUUCUGAACAUCGGAUACUGGGGCGGCGGCUGCAGGCUGUGGGAAGGGAUGGGAGACGAGACGUACCCGCUGGCCAGGCAUGACGACGGUUUGCUGGAGGUCGUUGGAGUGUAUGGGUCUUUCCACUGUGCUCAGAUUCAGGUGAAACUGGCGAACCCUUUCCGAAUAGGACAAGCGCAUACGGUGCGGUUGAUUUUGAAGUGCUCGAUGAUGCCGAUGCAGGUAGACGGAGAGCCAUGGGCCCAGGGCCCCUGCACUGUCACCAUAACUCACAAGACACACGCGCUGAUGUUGUAUUUCUCUGGGGAGCAGACGGAUGAUGACAUGUCCAGUACUUCAGACCAAGAGGACAUAAAGGACACUGAGUAGACGGAUGAGGAAGUGAACGUUUAGAGUAGCCUCCUUCCGAACAAGUAGGUGCGUGUUCGCCCAGAAGUAGAAUUCUCUAUCAGCUCUUUGGUCUUACUUUCACCAGUGGUAGAAUGGGUGUAGGUUUAUGUAAAUAGCAUUCCAAAAGCCACCAAAUUUCCAGGUGUUUACAGAUGCCUGCUCUCUUCAGCAAAACAGCCCCGUCGCAUAGUACUAACUUUAAAAAGUCACAGAACGUUAGUGACUUGGAGGUGAGAUGUUUGUCGUGGCUUCAUGUGUGACAGCGGGACUCGCUCCGAGGUCCACACUCUCCUUCCUUAUUCCUGAACGCACAUUUGAUGGACCCAUUACCCAUCCAGCAAGAUGCAGGUGGAAAAAGUCAUUGCCAUCUCAAUUUUAUGUGGGGACACCAUCAUAACGCUUUAAAAAUUGACUUGCUUUUUUGAACGGAGAUGACUAGCGUCAGACCAGCAGGGGCAGUGCAGGGCCUUCGCCGCGGCGGGCCCCCGAGGACGUCUGCAGCCCCGCACUGUGUGGAUCCGUACGGAUCCGUUUCCGGGAAACCUGAAAAGGAGAAGUCAAAGGAAGACGAUACUUAAAUUUUUUACAUAACUUGUAUCUUAGGAGCACACUGAGACCCCCAGAUGUUGCUUGGUCAGCCCUGUUAAUGACCACUUUGAGCUGAAAUUCAGCAUCUCCUUUAUGCCCCAUGGAGCCAGAAGACGGCCACACAGUUGAGUUGGUAAAGAUGAACAUUCAGAGCGUUUCGUUUCCAAGCCGACAGUUAACCAACGUCUCCUGAGUAGGAGACGAUGUCAACACUUAAAAAAAAGUACUACAGAAAAUGUCUUUGUCCUGUUAGUUGCUCAAAGAGAGUUCAGUAACGAUCAGUAACUUCCCAGAGCCCAGCGGUCUUGUAGUAUUUGGAGUACAGUCGUCUUCUAGAUCAGAGUACUUCACAGAAACUCCCCAGGGGGCAGGCAGCGUCCUGUGCUGAAAUGUUUGUGUCGUAUUUAUUUGUAAAUGAGAGAGGUAUUUAUUUAUUUAUUUAUUUGUUUAUUUAUACAUGGCUUUAUUUAAGAAGUUAAAUUCGUCACAUGAAUUCAGCUAGGCACAAUCAGAAAUGUAGCCUGUUGACCAAGGAACCGACACCCAUACCUUAAUUCUCCUGACUUAUGUAUCAUCCAGCUAUUCUCAUUCUACAGAAACAUUACUCAAUAUUUUUUAAAAAGAGGGAGGAUGACAGCACUGGCAAACAACUUUUGCAUAAUUGAAAGCUUUUUGUCAUCGUUAUUAUUUGACUCUCAAUUGCCAAAAACUUUUAUCAAAGGGCUAGUCUCAUGGUUCCCCAUUAGAGGGCACUCUCCCGGUGUUUACCCGCCUGCUCCCUCAGCCCGGGGGCGGGGGGCAGGCCCACUGGGCCUCCAACCUGGUGUUUUUCCAACAGAUGGCCCAUUUGUGGGCUUGGUGGUCUUUCAUGAUGUUAAUCUCUAGAAGGCUAGAAUGUACCUCCCCAAAACACCAUUAGCUUCCUAUAAGGAUCUGUUAUGAAUCUAUCAUACAUGAAUUACCAUAAAUGUAAAUUUCAUUCACCUUCAGGCCAGAGCCAUGUUAUAAAGGAAAAACUUAGUAGUGAUACAGUAGUCAGUGCAUUAUAUAAAAGACUUUGGAUUCUGUUUCAGUUCACCUCUUCCCGAUCUCUACAGGAGAUGCUAAAGUCUAAUAUUGAAAGAUUUUGUGAGCAGAUCUGUUUUCACCUUUUCAUACACGUUUCAUGGUAGGGAACCUGUCAUGGUUGGUGGGAGAGUUUUGUAGAUUUUCUUUUAUGGACCGAUCAUGUUUUGAGUAUAACGAAUUCUAUUCCUUAACGCAUCGUCAACAUUGUUACAGAUAGCACAUUUUAUAAAUAUACUGUUAAACUCACUUUGUUUCUGGCAAUAAUUUAUCUUAAUAUAAUUCCACAGUGCUAACUGUAGAGUCAAUGUAAGUAGGUUGGGAUGUCAGAACUAAAGUGAUCAAAAUAACUAGAUAGUUUUUGUAAUUGUUAAAACUAUACUCUAACCAGAACAUUGCAUCGGAUUUAAAACAGGUUUAUAUACAGUGCCCUUGUUUAUUUAAACAAAUUGUUUUUUCAGUUUUCACAAUCCCAUGAGGUUUUUCCCUGCUGACCCUUCAUGAAGUUUUUCUGUUACCUGAUUCAGUCAUUCAGAAUUAGUUUUCAUUUAGAAAACUUAUUUCUGAAUACCAUACCAUUAAACAUCUUAUUUUAGCAAAGGCCAUUUACUUUUUAGGCACCUUUACCCAGCAUUUCAUAUAAAGGUAUAGGCACAUGUCUAAUUUUAAAAAGGAUAGUUUAGAAGACUCAUGCUGCAAGUGUCUCCUAAGUAUUUGAGAGUGGAGUUGUUGCAUGACCAAUGAUUCUGUCCUUUACAGAAAAUAAUUUGCCAUAAUACUUUCCUUUUCCAUUUUGAAUUGUCCUGACUUAAACACAGCAAGAAAUACUAUGUUCUCAGGAAGAAAUACAUAAAAUGAAGCUUAGCUCCAUGUCUGUUUUCAGAUUUCUCUCCCCCUGCACUGUCCUCCUGCAUUCCUGACUCCUUCACCUCCAUGGCUUAAACACUGAGCACCAGGCAGCUCUUUGGACCCUAAGCAGACGGUGAUCAUUUUUCAGUGCUUUUUAUGUUGCGUAGAAAUCAAACUGACUUGUGUUUCAAAACACAGGUUGUCUGAUAGUGAGAUUCCACGACCUUAAAUGGGUUAUAGCUUUUCUGCAGCCAUUAGCUGGGAACCCCUAAUGUAGCUAAUGUUUAUACAGAUUUUAUAGUCAAAAUUAUUUAUUUUUAUUAUUUUAGGGUGUGUCAAAACGUGUAGUAUUUGCUUUUUGGAAUAUGUCUACUUCGAGUUGUAAAAAUAGUCUGUGACUCAGAAAUUGUAAAGUCCUUUUUUGCAUUAUAAAGAUGACUACUAUCAGCAUGUCAAAAGAAAAAAUAGUUUGCAUUUGUAAUAUAAAGCAAAAUUGUAUUUACUGUAUAUUAUGGAAUUUUAAAAUUGCACUAACUAGAAAACUCUAAAGGUUACGUUAAUUUACACAUUCAUGUGGAUCCGAAUACAUAAUUUGUAUUUACUUGGCCAAAAAGGUCAGUAGAAUAGGUGAUAAGUUUUGUGUGGCUUUUCCUUGAGAUGAUAACAUUGAAGCAAGAACCAGCACUUUAUAUUCAGAAUUUUUUUUAAUUCUACUUAAUUUGGGACAAUGGAAUGGAGGUAGCUUUAUAAAAAAAUAUAUCUAGGAAUUCAAAAAGAAAAAAGAGUGUUGUUACUCUAUCCCAAUCCGAAUGAAGGCCUGUUCCCAGCAACAAGACAGAAGGAGCGGUUCGGGUUUUGGUUAAAGGGCGCCCUGGCUUUCCCGAAUGGCCCCUGGAAGGCCUGGCUCCUCUUUAGCGGAAGCGGAAGCGGGAUCUGCAGGUUGUCUGCAGCGUGGGAAUCCCCGGUGCGGGGGGGAGCUCUGAGGUUGAAGGCCGCACCUGACCUCGUGAAUCAGUGCCUCGGAAGGGACACGGACAUUUCCGCUUUCACCCACAAGCGCCUCCAGUGCCUCCCACGAGCACUGACAUUUUUACAGCUACUGGGCUGUACCACGUGUGUUCACCCGGGGCUUUUGCUGGAGGGAUACCAUGCAGGGAAAUCCAACUAGUCAGAUGUUCUUAGAAUUGUUUUUCCUUCACGCCACGAACUGCGUUCUCUCGCCACAAAUCGCUCUUCUAAAGGACUGCUAUGAACAGUUGGUUCAUAUCCUGUCCAAAUUAACGUCUUUGUCUAGACUCUAUUACAUAAAAAUUGGCAGCCUCAGAUUCUCAUGUUGAAACAGGUUUUGGGCCAUGACCAAGGGGGUCUUAGAGAACAGGCAGUGCUCAGGGGCCAGUGGCAGUUGCCGCCAAGGGGCCCCUGCUUUCUCCCCUCAUCCGGUGCGCCCCCCACCCCACCCCUGGAUGCCGCUUAAAGUAAGAUUUCAGUAGAUGAAAUUCUGUCUCUUUUUGAAGAAAAAGGAGUCCACUAUUUUUUUAAAGGGUUUGGAAGCCACUACUCAGUGAAUGACUCUGUCACUGGGUUAAUUUUCUGCUAGCAUUUACAUAUUCAGAAACCUCAUGUUUUUUGACGAAGAAAAUUUUGAAGGUCUUGCUGCUUGGAAUGUGACCAUCUGGCUAUUUCACAAGUUUUAAAGGCAUUUUUUUGAAUAGUGAAGCACUGGCUUACCCUCUGCUCCUCACAUUUCUAACGUGCGGAUAGAAACGGUCCGGGUGUUGAGCCAGUUUCAGUUGUGUAAAUACACACGCACGUUAGCCCCCACAGGCCUGACUGCAGUCUGUGCCUGACGCUUGCAGGUAUGAAGGAGGGACGCUCCAACGAUCUGGAGAAAGAGCCCACAAAUGUCCCCCUCUCGUACAGAGGUUCACAAAACUUAAAUGAUUGAACUUAGUCAUCUGCAGAAAUGCCUGAGGGAAGUCCGUGACCUAGAAGCUGUAAAUCCAGGUGUGGCUGAUACCGGACGCUUCCUCGGUGUCUGCAGGGGCCCGAUGCGCUGAGCACCAUGUGGUGCUUUCUGGUGACCGAUGUGGAAGGUUGAGAAGGAGAGCUGGGAAGUCAGGUCGCUGUCCUUGCUCCUCUCACACUGUCCGGGCCACAGCGCAUCGUCAUAGGUGGGGACCAGGCCGUGGCAGGAGCACCAUGCGGGAAGGGCAGGGGGACGGUGACUCAUCGGCGUUCGUUCCCUCCCUCUCGCUCUGCGCCCUGCCGGUGGCCCUCCUCUCGAGUCUGAGCUGCUCCGAUGAGCCCCAUGGACAAAUGGGCACUCUGGUUUGUAAUUCUUAGAGCAGCCCGGUUCCUGGCCCUGACCACCUGCAGCUGAGCUCCGGAACUGGCUGCCUGGCCCAGGGUGUGGGUGCUUGGGGUGGCUCCACCUCCGCAGCCGCUGGCCUCGCACCCCCCACCCCUGCACCCCAUGCCACCUACCUCCCACUAAGUACCUUGUGUUGCUGACUUGCCUUUGUUGCGUUUGCCCCGUAUUGUGGUCGAUGCCUACUGAGAAUUGUGAAUGAAAGCAGCAAUACGUUGCAAACAUUGGCUUGUUCUUUAAUAAAAUUUAAAGUGCAGCACUCCA